AUGAACCAGCAACGCUUUGUAUCUGCCCUCCGUGAGCUCCUACCAUUGAGCGACAAUGAGCUGGAACAAGUCAUAUUAUAUGCUCGCGGACUCAAUGAUGCAGAAGCAGCUCAGCACUUAGAAAAUUUGCUUGGGAAUUCCCCAAAAUCGAUUGAUUUCAUCUCAUCCUUCCUUGAUUCACAAACAGUUGACGAUGGUGCUCAAAGUAUUCAAGCUACGACUAGUGAUCCGGAUUCUAAAAAGAUGAGACAUGAUACCGAAGCUCAUCCGCCACCAUAUGCCACAAUUUCGGGGUCUCAAACCGUGAGGGGAAUAAACCAGUAUGCCAUUGCUCACCACACGAAUGAUUUGAUUGAAGCGAGCAAGAUAAGGGCACAAGACGAGCAAGAAAUGAUUCAGUUGCUACAACGAGUUCAACAGGAGCAUCGCAUAUACAAUAGUGAAAUCGAGCCCGAACAUGACACGGGUUACCCAUGUGACUGCUCUAUUCACCAAUAUAAACUGAAGAAAUGGGUCCGACUAGGCAUACAGGAAAGAUGGGCAAAGGCUGUUAUGUAUCCAGGAGAGAGGUUCUAUAGUGACUGCGUAACCGGUUUGCUAUUCGUCACAAAUCAGUAUCAGUUAGGGGUUGGGUCUCCGUAUGGCAGUCAAACAACAACCUACUCACGAGGGCCUACGGCAAGGUAUCAUGCUCGAUUCAUUCGUAAAACAAAUGAAUUGAACCACAGGCUAAAUAGAGAAGCCCAAGCCAAGGUUGAUGCUAUGGAGCCUGAACCCUACUUAUGGGAUCAACCGGAACUGUCAUCUUCAAUGGCAGGACUUACUUUGGGUGACCAUAAAUCCACAGAGAGUGACCGACAAUCAAUACAAGAGCAAGACGCUAAAUAUUUAGAAAUAGGAAGUGACCCACAGGCUAAUACAAAGCCAAAAGCAACGUCUAGACUGGCAAACUUUAGAAAGGCCAUCGGCGUCAGAUCUACAGAAGAAAGAAAAAAUGAGAAAUCGAGCGUUCUGCGUGUUGGAAUCCUCAAGGAAGAGCUUGGACGGUGGCCAGAUAGCCAAUGGCGGCAACUAGUGACUGAAUACCAAGAGCGAAUCGGUAUUUCAACGAAGGUUGCCGAUCUCCGAACCAAUUGUCCUAUUCAGUACUUGCACCUACUUAGGGGUGGGUACUUUGAGCCCAUCCCUGUGCAAUGGGCAACCCACCCAUCGAAUCCUCUCAAGUUCAGAAUAGAAGCGGCAUCUGGAUGGAGAGGCAUUACUCCGUCCUGGAGAGGGUUUGAUGACUUGGCAGAAGAACGAUUGUAUUGGGUGUUGAAUCAUCGUAAGGGAUCGAGCGGAACUAGGAUGAAACCGGAUUUCAUAUCCACAAUGAAUAUGGCAAAUGAGAGAAUGGCUCGAGCAGUAGAGCCACCACCUAUUUAUUCCUCUGCUGAUGACAUUUGCAACCUUCAGCAUACAUCUGGAGGGUACUCCAAACAAGUCAUGCAGGCCCCAUUUGAACAAUACGACCGCCCCGAAUUGCCUACGGAUGACACGAUGAUUCUGCUUGAUGUUUCCGGUUCCAUGAAUUUCGAUCCUGUUCGUCCAAUAUACGAGCAAUACCUUAUUACUCGAUACGUAAGAGCUUCCCAACCUAAAAAUAAAGAUGUCGCCAGAUCAAUUAUCCGCCGCUUCACAGAGGCAAUAUCACAUGGCGACCAGCAUCAUGUAGAUGGGUAUGAUCUUGUCACGUUUGCCAAUGAAGCAGAAUAUAUGGGGACUAUCAACCAGCGAAACUUUGAUGAAGUGUGGCGCAACAUAACUUUCGGUGGAAGAACGCGUGUCAUGGCAGGGUGGCAGCAGGUUAAAGAAUUGCACUUCCAGAAACAUUCUCAAUCCGCCUAUUAUCACCCGGUUUAUGGAUGGAAAGCUGGUCCCGAAACUCCUAUGCUGAGAUUAUUGUUACUCCUAGAUGGUGAAGCCGUGGACAUGGAUGAGUUUGAGCUGGAUUUGUUGAGCCUCAAUUGGGCGCAUGUAACAAUCUUCUUGAUUGGCGUUGAUGGGUGUCCUCAUCAUCAUCGACAUGCCAAUGAGCUUCAACGAAUUAGUGAUGUCAACCGGCAUGUCUCAUUUAUUGAUGCGCAGGGCAAUAUUCCAGAGAGAUACGUGACACAUGAGCUGCUUAAGCGACAUCUAGGAUAUGACUUGUCGAUGGACGAGUUUAAACGGAUGGAAGGAUUACCGUCUUAUUCGGAGAUUUGA